CAAAGCUGUCGCUCUUCCAAACCCCGAGAUUCUGCGAAUUCCGCCGUCGCCCAUCCGAUAUCAGGCCCCGGGCCUCGACGCCAAAUUGCCUUGCUCACACCCGCCCCCCUGUUGAUGCCUUACGAAUUGCUCGGCCUCGGGGCUACUUGCUACGUGACGACCACCGACCACAAGACAGUACUGAAGGGCCAUCAGGUCUGGCGAGAUGGCAAGUACUACAUCGGCCGAGAUGACUGCGAGGACGACUUAGCAAGAGAGGCCGCUAUCUACGCCCACCUCGGCGACCAUCCGCAGAUCCUCAAGUGCUUUGGCCUCGAAGAGCACUGCGUUGGUGUUCACUCGCUUCGCUUAGAGCUCGCGCCGCUGGGCUGCGUCCGGCAGUAUAUUGCCGAGCAUCCCCGCCAACCGCCUCCGCUGCAGACCCGGUUGCGGAUGGCUCUCGACGUCGCGACGGGCCUCGCUUACCUCCACUCCAAAGGUGUGCAGUACUGCGAUCUGAGCUGUCGCAAUCUGUUCCUCUUCCACGGAUUCCGAAUUAAGCUGGGUGACUUUGGCGCCUCGCUUCUCGAGGGCUGCGGAUUGAAGCCAACGUUUUGUGAAGAGACCCAAUACGAGCUACCUUUACGCGGGAGGCGAUUCAGCGAUCGCCCGGCGGUCAAGCGAGAGCUCUUCGCGUUGGGCUCGGCGAUUUACGAGAUCACAGCCUGGCAGCGGCCUUUCCAGGGCCUCGAGGAUGAGGAGGUGGAGGCGAGAUAUGCGCGCGAGGAGUUUCCUUCUCUCGAGGGCAACGCGGCGGCUCAGGUGAUAGGGAAGUGCUGGCAUGAAGAAUUUCACAGUGCUAACGACGCUUUGGAAGUCUUGACACGACAAAUCGUGUCUGAGACUCCUCUGGAGCUCUACCACUCUUAGAGCCAGAGUGUGCUGGGAAAAGUUGGACAAACAAAGGAGACUCCCAUUUCCAAGUUUCCCAAUCCCGAUCCUCCAAAUUCCAUCUAACCAA